AUGUCGAAACAAUAUCUCUCAUGUGGUUCCGCCGACGAUGCGCAUCCGAUUGACAUAUUCUCGCUAGCCGUAACCGAUACCCAAGUGUUGUCGGCGUCGGGGGCAUCUGCACUCAAAGUCCAUUCAACUGCUGAUCCCGAGUUCCCGCUUGUACAGUCAAUCGACGGAGCCCACAAGGCCGGAUGCCACCAUGUUGUCACAAAUGGAAAUGGAUCAAGGGCAAUAAGCGUCGGCUUUGGUGGUGAACUCAAGGUUUGGGCUUGUCACAAUGGGACUUGGUUACAAGAUGAGACCGUUUCAGUUGGCAGCACAGGAUCAGCCGACGUCUGGGCCGUAUCUCUGUCGCAAGAUGGCCAAUAUCUCGCGGGCGUUAGCCAAGAUGGACACAUUAAAGUCUGGGAUUUGAAGUCCAACGGUGAACAGAUACGUGAUUAUGAGACAAAAGGGAGCUUUGGCACUUGCUUAGAUAUGUCUGCGGAUGGCCGCUUCAUAGCCAGCGGGCAUGAAAACGGCAGCAUCUAUAUCUUCAGCACAGAAACGGGUCGUAUGCCGUUCAGUUUGGCUGGGUUGGUAAAGCCCGUAAGGGCCGUUGCGUUCUCUCCUGGCGGUAAGUUUCUCGCCGCCGCUGGAGAUUCUAAGAUCAUCGUCCUCUACGACACAUCAUCCGGCGAGCAGGUCGCGAACUUUUCAGGACACUCGGCCUGGGUCCUGUCGCUUUCCUGGAGCCUCACGGGAGAGUAUCUACUAAGUGGUUCAUUUGACGGAAAAGUCAAAGUUUGGUCAAUUGAUACAAGGGCAUGUGUUGCAACCCACUGCGAGACCGAGAAGGCAAUCUGGAGCGUCAAGUGGGUUCCCAAGAUCGGGAGAUCAGAAGGGUUCGCAACUUGCGGUGCGAAUAGAAGCAUAGCAUUCUAUAGGGAGGCCACAGGAGGCUGA